CUCCCUUCGAGCUCUCUCCAAAUCUCCUCUCUCCAGCCUCGCUGAGAUCCUGCAUCAACUCCAGCCAUGAAGUUCCUUUACCUUGUCUUCGCUGUCUUCCUGCUGGUCUCCCUGGCCACUCCAGGCUAUGGGCAGAUCAGGAAGCACUGCCCCAAGGUGGGCUACUGCUCCAGCAAGUGCUCUAAGGCGGACGUGUGGUCCUUCUCCUCCGACUGCAAGUACUACUGCUGCCUCCCGCCCGGCUGGAAGGGGAAAUAGGAGCUGCAAAGGAAGCCCCUGGGGAAGAGGAGGCACCGCGGUGGCUUUGGGAGCAGCUUCUCAACUGCCCAACCCAAUUGUCACCCCCUCCUCUCUAUAAAU